UCUUCAAAAUUUACCUGAUUCACACGUGCUCCCUAUCCAUGUCACGUGACAAAUAUUCGCAGUUGCUCUCUCUUCCGGUCCCUCCUUCCUUUUCACCUUUUUCUCAGAGCCACACUCGCUUCCUCGCCAUUGUAAAACUACAACUGCCGUCUCUAAAACCCUAACCUAAACCCUUCUAUACCGAACCCAACUUAGCUAUUUCAUAUACACAGACACCAUGAGCGAAGAUGCUAUGAACAUUGAUCAAACUUCGAAAAGCCCUUCCAAAUCCCAAACUUUACAAACCCUAAACACAGGACCGCUAUCUUCUUCACUAUCCAGUCUUUCAGGCUCGUGUCGUACGAUCCCUUCAAACAAAGAUUUCCAUUUUUACUAUAACUUCGAUGAAUUUAAGCUUCCUGUCCAACAAAUUUCCGCGAAAUCGCAAUCACUGCUCGAAUCAAUCGGCUCCUCCAAUCGCGUUUUUAAGGAUAAACUUCAGUUUCCUGGAGAUGUUGAUAUUGAUGACGCUUACGACUGGCUUGUUAACGUUAACGAUGAGAUCUUGGAGCGUUUUGACGCUUCUGUCGAUGAAUUCCGGAGCAUCAGAAAGAAGGAAGAGGAAACUGGUCGGGUAUCGGGGAUGGACACGGAGAGCGGAUUUCAGUUGGUUUAUGGGAAGAAAAAGAAGGGUUUAGUGAAUUCGAGUAGUGGCUCGGCGAGUGACUCGGUGUGUGAUUCUGGAGUGAAGGUAGCUGAUAUUAAGGCAAAGGCAGUGAAAGCAAAGGUCCCGUUUCAUAUACCUACAAUAAAGAAGCCUCAAGACGAGUAUAAUAUAUUGGUGAAUAAUUCGAACCAGCGGUUUGAGCAUGUUUGGUUGCAGAGGAGUGAGGACGGGUCGGGAUUUGUUCAUCCUCUGGAAAAGCUGUCUGUUUUGGAUUUUGUGGAUAAAAGUACUGGGAAUCUUGAGCCUGUAUCACCACUCCCCUUGGAGCAUACCCCAUUCAAGCUUGUGGAAGAAGUCAAAGAUCUGAAAGAGCUGGCAGCUAAAUUGUGCGGUGUAGAUGAAUUUGCGGUUGAUCUGGAACAUAAUCAGUAUCGCUCAUUCCAAGGGUUGACAUGCUUGAUGCAAAUUUCUACUAGAACUGAGGAUUUUAUUGUAGAUACUUUAAAGCUUCGAAUACAUGUUGGGCCAUACCUUAGGGAAGUUUUCAAGGAUCCCACCAAGAAAAAGGUCAUGCAUGGAGCAGAUCGAGAUAUUAUAUGGCUUCAACGGGACUUUGGCAUAUAUAUCUGCAAUCUGUUUGACACUGGACAGGCCUCUAGAGUAUUGAAGCUGGAUAGAAAUAGUUUGGAGUAUCUUUUGCAUCACUUUUGUGGAAUCACUGCCAACAAAGAAUACCAGAAUGCAGAUUGGAGAUUACGCCCUCUUUCUAAUGAGAUGCUUAGAUAUGCUAGAGAAGAUACCCACUAUCUGUUGUAUAUCUAUGAUUUGAUGAGAACCAUGUUGCUUUCAAUGCCUAAUGGCAUUGAAAGUUCUGAUAGUCCUCUAUUGGAGGUCUACAGACGCAGUUAUGAUGUGUGCAUGCAGCUUUAUGAGAAGGAGCUUUUGACAGAAAGUUCAUAUCUCCACAUUUAUGGGUUGCAGAAUGCUGGUUUCAAUGCUCAGCAGCUUGCCAUUGUUGCAGGACUCUUUGAGUGGAGAGAUGUUGUUGCCCGUGCUGAAGAUGAGAGCACAGGCUAUAUAUUACCAAACAAAACUCUUCUUGAAAUUGCCAAACAGAUGCCUGUUACGCCUCAAAAGUUGCGUCGAGUAUUGAAAACAAAGCACCCAUAUGUUGAGCGAAACCUUGGUUCCAUUGUUAACAUAAUUAGGCAUGCCAUGCAAAAUACUGCCGAGUUUGAAGCUGCUGCUCAACUUUUAAAGGAUGGACACACUGUAACGGCCUCACUGGAAAACAUAGAACUUAAUGAUAAUUGUGAAGGCUUUGCCGCUGAUAAGCACACAAAUCUGGAGACUGCUGGAACAGAGACCAUUUAUGAUGGCAAUAGGAAUACUCUCCAAGCAACUUCUCCACAGCUCAGAAAGGGGCCUUUGCAGACAAAGAUUCGCAGAGAUCAACAAGGAGGCUCUUGUACGCGUCAUGGUGAAAAUGGUGUUGAAUCCAGUAGUAAUGUUUCUGAGCUUCACAGAGAAAACUUCCCUGUUUCACUGCAGAACAUGGAUCCAGUUACGCCUGAUACUGGAGCAACUGUUCAGGUUUUAAAGAAGCCAACUGGUGCUUUUGGAGCAAUGCUGGGAAGUGCAAGUGCAGCCGCAAAGAGAAGGUUUGAUAUUGACAAAAAGGACAAAGAAGAGAUCAAGCUGGAAAGGAUCAGGAAUUCUGUAAAUCUUCCAUUCCAUUCAUUUUUGGGCAGAAAUGAUCCAAAACCAGUUGUGGAAGAGCCCACUACAGUUUCAGAAAUUCCACGUGUUGAAGAAUCUUUUGCUGUCCCACUGGCCAGUUCCAAUUUAGAAGAAAUUAUAGUGUUGGACGAUGAUUCAGAUGUAGAGGUAUUAGAGAAUGAUGAUUCAAAAAUCAAAGAUUCUCACGGGGAUAGCAAAGCAGACAAAGAACGUGCAUCUCUCUCUGAUCUUUCUACAAGCUUCCAGAAGUGCUUCCAGUCUAGCAAUCAAAAUAGAGCAAUUGAAAAAACCCGAAAAUCUGAAGAACCAACUGGCCUUCUAAAGUUGAAGCCAUUUGAUUAUGCUGCUGCGAUCAGAUUUGGGAAAGAUCACGAGGAAAAAUCAAAACAAGUGGGUGACAAAGAUCAGAGCUCACUUGAUUCUGUCAGUAGGAAAAGAAGUUCGGUUGUUCAUGGAGUUGAGAAAGAUGAUGGGACCAAAGAAUUUCCACAAGGUAGAAGACGUCAGGCUUUUCCAGCCACUGGAAAUCGAAGUGCAACUUUUCGAUGAAUCUCUAAUAAAUAUGCUAUGUUACUGGAAAGAAAUGUAGCAUUUUUGGGACUUUGUUCUUAAAAACAACAGGAGAAGAAGAGGGAGGCAAGGACGGAUUGAAGAAAUAGCUUUAGCUUGAAUUUAAUUCCUGUUCUUUGGUAUUUAGGACCUAAGGCACCUUUUGGUUACCAAAAGGUAGCCUUUCUCUUCAAUUAUUUUUGAAUUCUUCUUUUUCAACGUAA